UCCACUAAUCGGAGUCCUAUGAAGUGGGCGGGCUUCCUAAUCAACACAGGAUGUCUUGGCCUGACACAGCAUCACGUAAUCAAAGGAGACUAUAAUAAUACGACGGAAACGGAGCCGCAUUUGGAAGUCGCACGUGCGAAGCGAGAGGUUGGUUGCCAUAAAUGGAAGUCAAAUAUCACGUUUGAUGGCAAAGGAGUCAUCGGCUAUUUUAUCAUCCCACCUCUCUGCUCUGCUCUGCACCCCAACCAACCCCAUGGACAGAUUCCUCGCUCCCAACACUUCCGAAGCAAUUGCCCACUCCCAAUUGACCGAAAACUGGUUCACCUGGGACCAGGACCACCCCUCGUUCAACGAAACACUCGUCGCAGGCGGCGCGUCCUAUCAGGCGUUCAAUCGCUACCUUUCGGGCUCAGACCUCUUCAUCGUCCCUCGAACCCGCAGCGAACUACAAAGCGUUUUACGCAGAUAUGCUUACGAUAGCAUCCACAACGCCAUAUCAGUGUCCCGUCAGACACUUCAACCCGGCGGAUACAGCAGAAUCUGCAUGCUGGCUGAAAAAUCGAUCCGCAACGUCCUUAACACGAAUGACAACACCGAAGUCCUCCUUGCACUCCACGCACCCAAAUCUGCAUCCCAACCAACAUCCGAGAGAACGAUUUCGAGUGCGGGUAUUAGAACUUGAGCCGAUGCCACCGCCCCAUAUAGCGUGACGACGUCGUAUCCCACUAUAUGCCUUUCGUCGGCUUCUCUCAACCUUUCUGUAACCUCAUGUUCCCGCCGUUUCACCGCACUGUAUCAACUUCUCCCGCAAUACGUUCGCACUUACGACCAUAUUUCGUAGUUUUCACCAUUUGUACCUCUACCACCACUAAUUAUAGAAUCAUAUCAGGGUUGACAUGCUUUCUCACGUCUGAGCAUUGAUCGACAACCCCACUCCUUUCACUUAAAUGCUUUCUGCCUUCUGUCAAUCAGUGCGGCAGCCGAACUAAUAAUACAUACACAUAGCAUGAGAAAACCAGAUGCAUCAUGACGAGACGUGUGGUGAUGAGGCAACACACUCCUAGUCAGGGAAGGCUUGCACAUCGAUAUUUG